UGUGCCCGCUGCCCGAGAGGAGGCGGCGGGCCGGCGCCGCCCUGCGCGGACGAGUGAGCUUGAAAAGUCACCACUGAUAAUGGAAUUUUAUUUGAUUCUAUAGAUCAGAUAUUUUGGAUAUCAUGAUAACAAUACAGGAAGUACACAUAAUUUCUUAUUUCUGCAAGUAGUUUUUGACUACUGAAGAAGGAAAUUUUUUAAGCUACAGCAGAAUUCAUUUUGGUACCUCUUUAUGGAAAAUCUGAUUUUGUUUUUAAUUUUGGAUAAUAUUUUGCUAAAGUUAUGAGCAAGCAAAGAACAUACCUCAUUAGGCAAGUCCACAUUAAUAAGAAUGCCUAGAAGAGGGUUGAUUCUUCAGACCCGGACCCACUGGCUGCUAUUGGGUCUUGCUUUACUCUGCAGUUUGAUACUGUUUUUGUACCUUCUGGAAUGUGCCCCCCAGACUGAUGGAAAUGCAUCUCUUCCUGGUGUCAUUGGGGAAAAUUAUGGUAAAGAGUAUUACCAAGCCCUCCUGCAAGAGCAAGAAGAACAUUAUCAAACCAGGGCAACCAGUCUGAAACGCCAAAUUGCCCAACUAAAGCAGGAAUUGCAAGAAAUGAGUGAGAAGAUGAGAUCAUUGCAAGAGAGAAAGAAUAUAGGAGCUAAUGUCGCAAACUAUCAAGUCAACAAAGAACAAGCACCUAGCGAUCUCUUAGAAUUUCUUCAUUCCCAAAUUGACAAAGCUGAAGUUAGUAUAGGGGCCAAACUACCUAGUGAGUAUGGGGUCAUUCCCUUUGAAAGUUUUACCUUAAUGAAAGUAUUCCAGUUAGAAAUGGGUCUCACUCGCCAUCCUGAGGAAAAACCAGUUAGAAAAGACAAGCGAGAUGAAUUGGUAGAAGUUAUUGAAGCAGGCCUGGAGGUCAUUAAUAAUCCUGAUGAAGAUGAUGAACAGGAAGAUGAGGAUGGCCCCCUGGGAGAGAAACUGAUAUUUAACGAAAAUGACUUCAUAGAAGGUUACUAUCGUACCGAAAGAGAUAAGGGUACACAGUAUGAACUCUUUUUCAAGAAAGCAGACCUUAUGGAAUAUAGACAUGUGACUCUCUUCCGUCCUUUUGGACCCCUUAUGAAAGUGAAGAGUGAGAUGAUUGACAUUACUAGAUCAAUUAUUAACAUCAUUGUGCCACUGGCUGGAAGAACUGAAACAUUUGCACAGUUCAUGCAGAACUUCAGGAAUGUAUGUAUUCAUCAAGAUAAGAGAAUUCAUCUCACAGUGGUGUAUUUUGGUAAAGAAGGAUUGUCUAAAGUCAAGUCUAUCCUAGAAUCUGUCACAAGUGAGUCUAAUUUUCACAAUUACACCUUGGUCUCAUUGAAUGAAGAAUUUAAUCGUGGACGAGGACUAAAUGUGGGUGCCCGAGCUUGGGACAAGGGAGAGGUCUUGAUGUUUUUCUGUGAUGUUGAUAUAUAUUUCUCAGCCGAAUUCCUUAACAGCUGCCGGUUAAAUGCUGAGCCAGGUAAGAAGGUAUUUUACCCUGUGGUGUUCAGUCUUUACAACCCCGCCAUCGUGUAUGCCAGUCAGGAUGUACCACCACCCGUGGAGCAGCAGCUGGUUCACAAAAAGGAUUCUGGCUUUUGGAGAGAUUUUGGCUUUGGAAUGACUUGUCAGUAUCGAUCAGAUUUCCUAACUAUUGGUGGAUUUGACAUGGAAGUAAAAGGCUGGGGUGGAGAAGAUGUUCAUCUUUAUCGAAAAUAUUUACAUGGUGAUCUGAUUGUGAUUCGGACUCCGGUUCCUGGUCUUUUCCACCUCUGGCAUGAAAAGCGCUGUGCUGAUGAACUGACUCCUGAGCAGUACCGCAUGUGCAUCCAGUCCAAAGCCAUGAAUGAGGCCUCUCACUCACACCUGGGAAUGCUCGUCUUCAGAGAGGAGAUAGAGAUGCAUCUUCACAAACAGGCAUAUAGGACAAAUAGUGAAACUGUUGGUUAACAUCCUUUACACAUUAGUCUGAACCACAAACCAGCACUAUUUAUUUAGCCUUAAUCCAAUCCCAGAUGCAGUGCCUCUUUCAGGGAAGACAUGUUAUUUUUUGUGUUCUUUCUGACAUUACUUCUCUUCAGGAGUUUGACUUGAUGAGAAGGAGCAAGUGUUUCAAUGCAAAGUCUGUUUUGAGACUGCUGCACUAGAACUGAGAAAUCAAAACCUGUCCUAAAAGUAGUUUUCAGAUAGUUUCUACCUGGCACCCACAUUCUACUAUGACCUGGUUGCAUCUGGGCUGAGGCGUGGAAUGUGUUGUGCUGAUGGCGGUCAGGAGCAUCUUUUUCAUGGAACCAGACCAAGUGUUUAGACAAGGGUUCUUCACCUGCCGAUCACUGAAUCAACAUACUUGAUUCUUAAGUGAAGAUCUUCAGUUAGUUGCUUAAACAAACCUUUUAUAUUAAGCAGAGGUUAAUUAAUGGACACAUCCAAAAUCCCAACCAGUUAAGAGAAGGCAGAAAUAAAAGCCCCUUACUUAACGUUGUUCAACCCCCUGAAUGUCUGUUUUUAAGCAAAAGGGUAAUAGUAGAAAGUACUUAAGUUAGAAUCUGUGACUUGAUUACAAAUACAAUGUUCACUACUUUAUCAUCUUCAGGAGUAGUAGUCAGAGUUGCUGUGGACCAUUUUGAACAAAUAGAAAUAAACAUGGAAUGUCUUUAUAAAAGAACAUUUAAAUUAUGUUGGAAUACAGGACACGUAGGGGUAUCUGGGGAACAUCCAUUUACAUGAACCAGGGCUGCAUCAGGGCCUUUCUCUUGGUGGUUUUAGAGUAGAUGAGCAUAGCAUGGUGAUGUGUGGGAUUUUUGCUUUGUAUUAUCUCAUUUAGCAUGGAUCCAUAUGUAUUUAUUAUCUUUUUUCUAAUAUGUUAAUAUAUGCUAUAUUUGUAUUUGCAUUACUAUAAUACUUUGAGUUGAGAGUUUCACUAAAAGGAGAAAAGCAAUUUAAUGAGGUAUAGAUAGUAUAAGAUUACACUUAUUUGAGGGAAGGUAGUCUGAAUGGAAAUCUGAGUUGCAGAAUAUUUUAGAGAAAUAUAUUACAUGCAGAUAGAAUGAUGUUUUAAUUGAGAUGUAAACUAUAUUAAUGAGACAAGAUAAAUAUGAAAUUAUAUUCAGAGAGAACUCUAUUAUUUAUCACACAUGAUCUUUUACCAUAGGGUCAACUGCUAGGUAUAGAAAUCAGAGAGAUGAUGAAAGGCUUGCACAAGUUUAUGAAACUUUGACUUUUAAAAGGGGCCUAUAUUGAGGUCUUUCUGCUCGUAUAUAAACCCCGGACAAUUCACAAAAGAAAAAUCAUUGUUCUUUUUGCUCAGUAAAUCACAUUGUCCAAAAUCUUCCAAAUCCCAAAUUCUUGGUGCUAUAUUAAUUCAGUUUUUCAAUAACUCUUAUUAAUUAGUCUUACAAGUUUUAAGUUGGGAUAGGUAGCAUUUAGGCUUAUUAGUUUAAGAUGUGUAAUAUGUUCUCUGCAAAAUUAUUCAGGCCAUUGUCUUCUUUUAUAUACAAUUAUUUAUUAUGAAGACCAAUGGAUUAUGGUACUUAAGUUGUUUGCAGAAAUAAGUUGCAUCUUGUUUUCUUGACAGAAUCAAGUGAUCUUUUUCUUCUGCUUUAUUAGUUUUUAAUUUAAAGAUGGAAGCUAAGCAAUGGACACAUUACUGUUUUUGACAAUUAAAUGGUACCAAUAAAGUAUUUUAUUACCAGAAGUUUCAAAAAUGUGAUAAAUUUUUUUCUGUUGGUAAAAUAUCAUAAAUGCAAAAAGGUAUAUAGCAUAUAAUUGUGUCUCAUAAUAAAGCAAACACCAGUGCACCAGCUACCAGAUUCACACAUCAAACAUGACCAGUGAAAGGCCUCUGUGUGCCCCUUCUCCACCACAUACCCUCAUGCUCUAUGUCUUUUGCUAGAUCCAGAAAUUGGUUGAUAUGGUGAAAAUCAUGCAUAAUUUUUAGAAUAGUCACUAUUCUGAUUUUUGUGAAACAUUUUCCCAUGUUUUUCUUCACAGUUUUCCCAACUGUAUAUAUUUCUCUAUCCAAUAGAUUGGUUUUGCCUGGUUUUGAGUUUCUAUGAAUAUAAUUUCAUUAUAUAGCCACUAACAUUCAUUCAGUAAUAUGUUUUUGAGGUUCACCCAUGUUAAUCUCAAAGUUAAUUCAUUUUUAUUACAAGUAUUCUGUAUGAAUAUACUAUAAUAUUUACUGUUCAUAGAUACUUGGGUUGAAGAUAAUUUUUUGAUACUUGCUUUUGCUAUCACAAGCAGUGUUGUCAUAAAUACUGUUCUACUGUCUCUACGAGUCUGCAGGAUUUCUUUGAGAAGAAUAAUGCUAAGCAUUGGUUGUGGACUGCCUCUAACAGUUUGAGAGAGUUCACUUGCUUCCAUGGCAGUGCCAGCUUUUAUCAGGUUAUUCCUCCUAAUCUGAUGGACUUUAGGCAUGAGUUGUAGUUACAGUUUGCAGUUGUGGUUAUAAGUUGUCUUUUUUGUCCACUUUUAUCAGUUUAUAGGAAUACUUCACAUAUUUGGGAUGCCAUUUCUUAUUGGUUGAAUGUUUGCAAAAUAUGUUCUCCCAGGAUGUGGCGUGUAUUUUCUCAUUCUUGAUGGUACGUUUUGAUAAA